AUGUCUGUUCAAGGGAUGGAUGUUCUGUCAACAAGCAGACAGUUAGAAACUAUGUCUAAUGGGGCCACAAUGAGCACAGAUGCGAAAGAUGGGUUUGGGCCUUCACUUACUGAAAUUCUACCCAUCGAAAUGAUCCAGACCGUCUGCAAAUACCUCCACAUAAAAGAUAUACUUAAUUUUCGAUUAAUGAGCAAUAUUUGUGCCGCAGCUGGUAUCGAUCGUCUCGCCGAAAAUAUAUAUGUUAUAUUCACCAGAGAGAGUUUCGAAAAACUUCUUAAUAUCUCAAAACAUCCCAGGAUGUCGAAACGUGUCCUGGCUAUACACUACGACCCGUUGAGAAUGAGAGCAGUUGGUGAAGAUGAUUACAACCAUCUCCUGAGAGACAUGGAAUUACAGCCAGGAUCGGAGUCCCUGACCAAGAUGGCUCGUGGUUUUGAAGCUCGCAAUAAGAUUUGUGAAGAACAAGAUUUUAUGGUGAAGAGCGAAUUCAGUAGCUUCGUAUUUUCACAAGUGCUGCCAAAGCUCAGCUUCUUGAAAAGUUUCACCAUGGUAGAGUAUAAACCCAAACAAUCUAAUCAUUUACGGUUGGAUGUCAAGCCUACACCAACUUUCUGUAACAGUAUGGGUCAUAAUGCGAGGUAUCACAAAGAAGCUUCGAUAUUUCUUGCCGCUGCUGCUAACGCUGGUACAAAAUUGGAGUACCUCUACCUUGAAAGGUUUAAUCUGAAUACGCUAUUUGGCGCUUCCAUUGGCACGAAUACCACACUUCCAUAUGGGCCGGAUGCUCGGUAUCUUCGCCAUCUUUAUCUCUGGAGAAUGAUGAGUCCUACUUCCAAGUCUAAUCAUAGAUUGAAGCAACUCCUACAAGCUACAUCCAAUCUCGAAUAUCUCGCCAUCACAGAACAAUUCGAUGACACGGAAUUGACGAAAAUAGACUGGGAUGAAAUCAUAGUGGGUCUAACAAUGCCACGUCUGAAAAGCGUGGAUUUCUGGUCUAUGGUGGCCAGUAAAUCAUCGCUUACCGAAUUUCUUCAAAGACAUGCCAAAACUCUAAGAAUUCUAAAGCUCCGGUUUUGUUCCUUGAAAGAAUCCAUUCUCGACUGGGGAGAAGUUUUUGAUGUAAUAAAGAGUGACUUGACCCUUAAGGAAGUGCAUUUCUGCUGGUUGGGAUGUCUUUUGCCCGAAGACCAGCACGAUUUUGACAAAGAGGUCCGUUUGGAACACGUUUACCAUGGCAAUAACUUUCACUUACUACUCGAAGAUUGUCUUAUUCGCAAGAAUCUCUUUGCUAAAGAGUUAUCUCUCUCACCGAGCGAACUAUGGCAGAACUAUAUCCUCUAUCUGAAAACAGAGAAACCAAAGGCAAUGGCAAGGCUGGCAGAACUUGAGUCACAAGAUCUUACGUGGGACUUUGAAAAUGACGAGGACAAGCGACUCUUUGGGUUCAUGAUACGGGUGUAG